AUCCGACUGAACUCUAAUGAACAUGGCUAGCAUUUGCUAGCGGCCGGUCUCUUAGCAACAUAUUGUAAAUAACMAAUUUUGUUUGGUGAGUAGCGUGACCUAGCAUCGGAGAAAUGAAUGAAAAACCGAUUUAACACCGAAAGUAAAAUUACCAACUUGAGAAACCGUGACGUGCAACAAGUCAUCGCAGCUCCAAUUCCAGAUAAGAUUCCCAGCUGAUGGUUGUUGGUUAGCCAAUGGGACUGUUUGACAAGCUGGUUGGAUGGCUGGGGUUAAAGAAGGAGGUGAACGUGUUGUGUCUUGGUCUGGACAACAGUGGAAAAACCACCAUAAUCAACAAACUCAAGCCUUCWAAUGCCCAGGUACAAGAUAUCGUUCCAACGAUUGGCUUCAGUGUAGAGAAGUUCAAGACAUCCAGUCUUUCCUUCACAGUCUUUGACAUGUCUGGUCAAGGCAGAUACAGAAACCUUUGGGAGCAUUACUACAAGGAAGGCCAGGCUAUCAUUUUUGUCAUAGACAGUGCAGACAAACUGAGAAUGGUUGUGGCRAAAGAAGAARUGGACACAUUACUAAACCAUCCUGAUAUUAAACAUCGGAGGAUCCCCAUCCUGUUCUUUGCUAACAAGAUGGACGUCAGAGAUUCUCUGUCUUCUGUCAAAGUUUCACAGCUUCUCUGUUUGGAGAACAUCAAAGACAAACCUUGGCACAUCUGUGCCACUGAUGCUCUAAAAGGAGAGGGGUUACAGGAAGGUGUCGACUGGUUACAAGAUCAAAUCAAAACAAUGAGAACAUGAAAGCAUGAUGUGUGACCAGCCCAAAGUGGUUUCUGGAAAGAAGAGUUUACUUGUUUUCAAAGGCACCACUGGACAAAAAUAACCUAAUUUCCCUCUGGGAUCAACAAAGUAUUUUUUUAAUUGAAUUGAAUUGAAAUUCAUUAAGCUGGUAUUUAGAUGAGCUCUGGUUGUUUCUGAGUGAAAAAGUGAUCCGAUUGUGUCACCAGUGAAACAAACAUCCAACAGUUGUACAAAAUAUAUAAGUUGGCAACUUUAGAACUGCUUUUACAGCACAAGCUCUUCAGAUUCAUCUGRAAUUAUUCAUUAAGUUGUACUGAAUAGUAAAGCUGCUGAAGCAAAUUUAAAACUGAGGAGAUUGAAUUUGCUGUGACGAAGAUGCUUGUUUUUAUGAAUAUUCUUGCUUUAAUUGUAAGGUUUUGAACAUGACCACAUUAGCUUCUCCUAAUGUGAGUUUUUAUAGCUGUGUUAGUUUAGUUGGAAACAUAAUCUUUCUGUAAAUGUUUACAUGCAAAGGGACAAAACUAGAUGUUUAUUUUGGUAARGCAAAGCAAAUAAUUUAUAAAUGUAUGAAUUUCAGUCAACUGCCUUUUUCGGUUUAGCAUAAAGAGCUGUUUCAUAGUUGUGUUCACGAGUUUGUGCUGCAGCUAAUUCAGCUUCACUCGUGUUUGAAGAGCUUUUYCACAAUCAUAAGAUCAUCACAAUCGUUAAGACUGAAGCAAAUAAGCAUUUUAGACCUGAGUGGACAUAUAAGAUGCUCUCAUAGAAAUACUUUCUGGCUUUUCUGUAAGAUGUGGUGAAAUAAUUCAUAUCUGAUGUUAGUUUGUCAAAUUUGUUAAUAAAAGAAAAAAAAUGUU